UUAGGAGACAACUGCUCCAGCAGUCUGACCAUUGACUCUUGUCUGACACCACCAUCAGAAAUCAGGUGGGUCAGCCCCUCUGGCAGCAUCGGUGGACUACAGUCCCCACAUUCCUCAGAUAGGAUGUUUCUGUGGGCAGGAAGUAAAGCAACAGAUGGAAGAAGUGACCGCAGUUCCUUCUACCAGAAGUUCCGUGAAUACGAUGUCCUGGACAAGAGGAAGACAAUGACAGCUCUUAGGGCAGGAGAGGACAGAGCCAUACUGCUGGGCCUCAGCAUGGUCGUCUUCUCUGUCAUGAUGUACUUUGUCCUGGGAAUCACCAUACUGCGCUCUUACUCUGACAGCGUGUGGACUGAUGAGGCUAGCUGCACUAUCGUGAACUCCACCAUCGUGGGUGAUGUCAACUGUUCAUACAGCUGUGGAUCAGAGUGCAGGAAGAGUUCCCGUUACCCGUGUCUCCAGGUCUACGUGAGCCUCAACUCCUCAGGAAAGGUGCUACGAUUGUUGCACAACGAGGAGACGCAGGACAGCAACCCUGAGUGCUUCUACUUCCCAAAGUGCCGUAAGGAUUAUGCAGCUACGCAUGGGAUCGUUCAGAACAUUUCGGAGCGUCUCAGGUCUCAGCACACAGUUCAGUGUUUCGUGGACCCUACAGACAGAAUUGACAGUGCCAUCCUGACACAGAUCUACGGUCGGGUCGCCGUCUUCCACUCCCUAUUCUGGCCAACCUGCACCUUGAUUGUAGGAACCAUUAUCAUUGCCAUGGUGAAGCUGACCCAGUACCUGUCCAUCAUGUGCGAGCGACAAAGCCGCAUUAAGAAGUGAAGGAAGUUCAAAAGGAAGUUCCUGUUGUAAGGACAUGGGGACAACUGAACCAGCUUCAUGGGGUCAAGACAGAAAGACAAAGAGGAGAAAGCUGUUUCACGCCCAGAAGUGGUCUGUCUGUGACAGCUGGAAUGUUGGGGUUCAAAGACAUGCAUCAGUGACAAUCUAAAAGCAGCUAAAACGAGAAGCAUAUACCUUUGAGACAGUGUGUAGCAAGUGUAUUUCCCAAAAUGUUGAACUAUUUCUUUGAAAGGGGACAUAUCAAAAAUACUGUUUUUCAGUGCUUGUGCACAUACCUUUGUGUAUCUCGGGUGCCUACCAACCCUCAAACUGUAAAAUAAGACAACCCAGUUAUUUGUUUGUGGGCUGCCUAGAUCUAUACUAGAGGUUCUUGACGUUUUCUAGCCAAUUGCCCUUACAAGAUAGAGAAUUUUCUGGGGACCCCCUCAUGUAUGUCCC